AUAGAAGCGCCGUUUAUGUUCGACCAGCCAUCUUAAAUCCAACUUCAAAGCUUUAUUUUAUUGUUUAUAAAAAGGAAAAUAUUAUUUGACUGACUAUUAACUGGAAAAAUGAGUGAAUACCGUAAAAGUUUAUACAUGGAGCGCAAGGAAGUGCUUACGCCCCAACAGCACAAUAGAAAAAACCGAAAAUUACAAGAAGCUAAUCGCAAUAAACAUAGAAUGGAUCAAUAUCAACUUUCCAGGCAAAUAUCUGUAAGCCCAACACCUCAACAGAGGACACAAGAGGAAAAAGAAAAUGUUCAAGGAAAUGAAAAGAAUGAUGCAUCAAGCUCUCGUAGUGCAAAAGUGAUUCUAACCGCCAGAGAUCCUGAAAAGAUUAAAAAGCAAGAAGCCUUUAUUCUACGCUUCUUAGAUUGGAAAGACAAAAAGAAGGCAUUGCAGGAGAAGAAAAAAAAUGAAGCCAAUAAAAAGAAGCCAUUCGUUUCUGUUAUUAGUAAAGAUAUGGGAUUUGGGGGUAGCGUAGGGCCAUUGGCUCCUACAACAACAACUGCAGCGACAAACAUUCAAGCCAGCUUCGUUCCGAAAGGCCAUCAUCAAGGCUUCCAACCUCCUCCGGGAUUGAAGGAUCCAGGCGAGUCGGAAAAAGCCAAAGAGAAAGCCAAAAGUCGACAAUCAAUAUAUACACUUGUCCCAACUCCUCCGAAGAAAUCAAAAGAAGACAAUGUUUCGAAAAAGACAAACAUGGCCAGGAAAGCUAUGCCUCGACUAAAUGCAAAUCUAAAUAAUGAUCAAAAAACACCCGCUCGUUCUGAUUUGUCAAACAAUAUACGUUUGCGUAGUGGAACCACCCCUAAACUAUUGAAGACCAAGGUAGUAAACAAAAGUUUGCCGACUAGUGGAGUUAAAACAAAAAAUGUGGCCAAUGCUAAUUCUGCCUCAAAACCUGCUGCAAAACCUCCAAUUAAUUUAGUCAAAAAUUUACACAAUAAUAUCAAUGUAAUGCAGGCUUCCGCAAAGACAACACAGACGCGAACAUUUAAAAUGCCAGCACCCUCUCAAGGGCAUAUUAAAAGGAACGUAGUGGCAGCUGCCAAAAAAACCGAUGUGCCCACAAACAAAGUGAGCAAAGCCAAAGUUGUAACUGCUGUCCGUCGUCCAGUAGAAGCAACGUCAAAAAUACGUUUGAAAACAAAAUCCCCCACACAGCCGCAAAAGAAUGCCCGCUUAACGCAAACUAUGAAAGCUAAGAAACCUCUUAAACCGCCUUCUGGUGCCUCAACCAAAUUAAUGACACUAAUGGUGACACAAACGAAUGGCUUAGUGGCUGAUAUGAUUGUACAAACGCCAAAAGACUUUUCGAACUCCAACCAUUUCGAUGAUUUUAUCACUUCUACGAAAGUGAAGAACACCUCACAAACGCUAGAAGAAGUUCAAGGCGUAAGUCCCAUAGAGAUGUUGUCGAAAAGAUCAGCAAAUAACUCAUCAGCAAAAAGAAAUCUUUUACAAAGUGCAACUCAAAAUUUGGCCAUCGAAUCUGAAAAUCAUAAAAACCUAGAAACCGAAAAACCUAUUGCCACUAAAUUCAACUUUAUAAGAUACUCAGAAGUAAACACUAGUUUCAAUGAAGAAAAUGAUAAACAAAUAGUAGAGGUAAAAUCUAAAAAUACCAGAAAUAAAUCGACGGUCUGUGAAAGUAGUAAUCGCACAUUGAUUGAAGCCGUAAGAACUGAGGAAGAAGUAACAACCACAAGUAAUAAAAAUGCCUCCGAAGUGUGCAUCCAGCCUGUAGAGGAAAUGAAGACACCAACUAAGCAAUUAAUUUCUGGCGAAGAAAAACCUGUCAACUAUUUGAGUCCAUAUGUAAGUGUUAGUCGUGGUAAGGUCAGUUUAAAAAAGGAAAAGGAAAAGCGCAACAGCAUCUACUUGGCUAAUCCCGCCGAAGAGGAGACUUUGACAGUUAGUCCUCAUCAUUCACCCAUCUCGACAGAGCAGAAAUCGCCUCAGUAUUCUCCGGAAGUGCGCAGAACUUUAGAGGCCGUACGGUACUUCCGCAAACAAUUGCAAGAAGAAAUAGAUCGACUUCACCAACUAUGUGAUGUUUGGGAAGAAUAUAAGACGGCGAACAUUGAAAGCUUACAGUCUGCAAACUGUGAUGACAUGAUUGAUGUGACGGUAGGCCAAACUCGACUGCUUACCAGCAAAAAAUUUAUGCAGUUCAAAGGUCUGAUAGACAGAUGCGAAGCCCGGGCUACAGGCAUUGGUGAUAUGCCAAACGAUGGCAGUGAAAAAACUAAAGAUGUUUCUGCUGGAGAUUUGGAAGGUUUCUGGACUAUGUUAGGAUUGCAAGUUGAUAACCUUGAAAAACGCUUUGAAAAUUUGAAUCGUUGGAAAGCUAAUGAAUGGCGGGAUCCAGAUGAAAUUAAGCCAAAGGCAAAACCUAAAAAUCUUACAAAAGUGAAAAAGGUGGCAUCGAUCGCAAAAGCCAAAUCCAAUUCUAAUUUGCAGGAAAUGCUGCGUAAAAGAAGAGCAGAUAUGCUUCUAAAGAAGGCACAGAACCAGCUUGUAAAUACGGACGAUGUUAUUUUAACUCCCUCAAAGGUGAGAGAUCGGAAAUAUUUCUCGCCAGCUGCAACAGUUGUGGCUAUACCCAGUUCAAAUCGAAGAUUGUCAACAUUAUUACGGCAGAACGCUGUCGGUUCUCCGCAACAAAAGAUCGACUCCCCGAAUCGUAGGAUGUCAUUAGGGUUGCGAAAAAACUCGCAGGAUACUCCGAACCGUAGAGCAUCCAUGUUAGGGCGGAAAAAUUCUCAAGAUUCGCCGAGCCUUUUAAAAACAGUUCUUCAAUUUCGCGAAGUUGUGGAUGCCACAUUCGGCGAGCAGACCUUUUGCGGGGCGAAGAGAAAUUCAUUGAAUGCAAAGACUUGUAUGGAAUCACCGAAAGUGCAAAACAAUUGCGAGACACGUAAAUCGAUAUUGAAAACACCCGGUACGGGAAGAACAAAAUUGAAAAAUGUAGUAUUCAACGAAAAGUUACGAGUGAAAAAGUUUAAUUUCCUCAACUUCGAUGAUGGUGAUGGCACCACCGAAGACUGCAAUCAAUCGAACGAGGAAGACCUAGCGAAGAGUAGUCAAGAUCACGAUAAGGAAUGCAGUAGAGAGGAUGGAGAAACAGACGACCAACAACAACGUGCUUAUACACUUAGAAAUCGUAGAGUUCGUUUACGCCCCUCCUGCGAGAUAGUUAUACCUAAACGCUCUAACUAAUCGACUUAACUGCCAUUGAGAUCAGAAUUGUUUUGUUCAUAUUAUCCUUUUAACUCUAGCGUUUAUAAUGUUUCAUUGUAUACAACUUUCAUAAACUCGUCUAA